UGGACGAUCCUGACGAUCCUAGAUACGUACCUAUUUUUUGAAUACUUUGCUAAGAAACUUUUAAAAGGUUGUGCACAUUACAAUUUAUUGUGUUUACAUACCCAGUGUUUUCCUCUCAAAUUAAUUAUGGAUACGUUUCAUCCCAUCCGGUGACACGACAUAUUAUGCAAGACGUCGAAGAUAGCUAGUUUUGCGAUUUCUUAUCAUUCACCGCGACGUAAACUUCAAGUUGACGCUCAACCUCACGUCCAAUUGACACUUGUUAAUAGAUGAAGUAUGUCUCAUCAUCUGUCAGUCAGCGUUGAUCGUAUACCCUGUGCUUACAUCGAGAACAAUGACAUCUCUCAAUAAUGGACGUUACGAAGUUCCUUCGACUUUCGAUAGUGAAAACGGUGAUGAAAACGAACUAUUGAAAGUUAGUUUAGAAGGUGAUAAAGUUACAGAGUUUAAGUUCGGCCGUCUAUCUUUGACAGAAACAAAUAGUCUGCCAGUUUGCAAUACUGAUGAACUCCGCCGAUACAGUGUAUCCAAUGUUGAAACCAGCCAUUGCACCUAUCCAUCUCAUUCGGACGGACCUAUUGAAGAACUAAGGCCGGAAGAAAUCAGAUGGUUUUACAAAAAUUGUGACUCUAAAAGAUGGAUUGAAUUUUGCGGAUAUGACUCCUUGCAACUUGAGGCUGCCUACCGGAAUCUGCCCAGAACGUCACCGGUCAAAACGAACGGACAAGGCUGUCUCCCGAAGAGUUUCUCUGAUGAUGCAUUACGCUCAAGUUUUAGCAAUGGAACAGAUAGACUUGGAUGCAGUGUUGGGAAAUUGUCUAGUAGGCCAUUCAAAAUUGUUGUUAGAGGUGGACUGUAUGAAGUUGAUCUGAUAUCAAAAAGAGGAGAAUCCAUCUACUGGUCAGGGGAAAAUUUUUUAAUCAUCCGAGGCUCCUGGUUGUAUGAAAAUGGACAGCCCCUGGAUGAGCAUGAUGCAGAUAUCAUUGAAUCAGUUCAUCUCAAACUUUUUGGUGGGCGCAAAUCAUCUGAAUAUUUGGCUGAUGCAAAGGCUCCAAAAUCAGUAUUACACACCGAAACCUUCAACUCAUUCAGCGUUGUGUGGUAUUCUUCAUCUCCGUAUGAAGUAUAUCUGUACAGCCAAGAUACCCCAUCAAAAAUCAUGAGAUCUUUUACCCAAAAACUAGGAGGUUACUUUCAGAAAUCAAUGGGGUAUCGACUGGUACGAGGCUAUAAGAUCCUCUCGUCUGAAGAAGACAAACCAGCCGAUAUUAAUCAUCUAGUGUUCGUGAUUCAUGGUAUUGGGCAAAAAAUUGACACCGGGAAGAUAAUUAGAAACACUUCAAAUCUUAGAGAAAGUGUAUUCCGCAUCAAAACAAAAUAUUUUGAAACGGCCAAGCAGCGCGUUGAGUUUUUCCCUGUGGAAUGGCGGUCAUCUCUUCAGCUUGAUGGAGAUAUUGUUGAAGCAAUAACACCUUCUAAUGUUCUAAACUUACGACAGUUGUUAAAUGCAUCGGCGAUGGACAUAAUGUAUUACACUUCUCCUCUAUACAGUGCUGAAAUACAACAAGGGUUGACGAAAGAAUUAAAUAGGCUUUAUUCCAUGUUUGUUGAACGUAACCCGAACAGUGAUGUGAAAGUCUCGGUAGUAGCUCAUUCUUUAGGAUGUGUCAUUGUUUAUGAUAUCAUCACAGGUUGGAUGCCAAGAUUGUACCAAGAGGAUUUUUUAAGCAAAGAAGCCUUGCUAACAGGAAAAUCGCGCCUAAAGUUCCAACUGGAAAAUUUUUUCUGUCUUGGCUCACCGCUCGCAGUUUUUCUUGCCUUACGACUUCCUCAAGGUCAUCAUGGGAGUCAUUUAUUUCCUCCAUCUCUCUGCCAUAGACUUUAUAAUGUGUUCCAUCCAUCUGAUCCUGUUGCAUACAGGUUAGAGCCUUUAGUUUUAAGAGAUUUUUGUAAAAUUGAGCCUUACCAAAUCCAGCCUUGUAGUGAACAAGUGAAUAGCGCUGAAGCAAACUAUUUAGAAACUACAUCUUCCGAAAAUCAGGGGACAAACAAGGAUGAAAACCCAGUUGUGUCACCCACUGGGACUCCUCUCAAAGAACGAUCCUGGAAACUUUGGAAUUUAGUUCAAGGAAGCUCUAAACCACCUGAAGAAGUAACCUCCCCUCAGCAGCAGGAGUCCCCAAUGGAAGUUUCAGGAUUGGAGCAUCGCUUAGAUUUUGCAUUGAAAGAUAACACAGGCUCUUAUCAUGCAAUACGAAGUUACUGGGCAAGUUUGACUUCUCACACUUCAUAUUGGACCAGUAAUGAUGUGGCCUACUUUGUUUUCACAAAAAUAUUUCCCGAUAUAAAGCAGUCAAAAGCAACAGCAGAAACAGGGCCUUCCGUUCAAACUGAUACUGAAAUGAACGAGUUCAAGCUGGAUGAAGAAAGGUAUUUGAAUUCAAUCAUGCACUCUUUUGACUGAGUGAGUAAAAUAGUUUAACUCACCUUCAUCUUAUUCAAAGUCUACAGCUUCACUUUGUUUGAGAAAUACCGCACACUUUAUUUCAGGUGAAUUCAGAAAGGAUUUGCUUUUUCAGCACAAGAAGGACUAACCCUCAUAUAUGAAAUGAUGAAAAUUCCUCUCUUUCUUAAAGGGCCCUGCACAAAAAACUAAGGUAUUUAGCGCCAGCUGAAUUUCAUUGUUAUUUGAUAUGAUAUUGUUUAUAAACUCUUGAGCACAAUAAGCUUUAAGAAUCAAAACUUUUCACGUUCUAAUUCAAUUGAAUGCUGAAAGCUGUCAAAAAGUCUUUGAUCAACCAAGGAUCAGCUGAAUUGGAUCAGUAGAUAAAGGAUAAUCAAGGCUUUUCUGCAGUAUCUAUUUUAGUAUAUUUCUUUUUCCAUGUAAUUGAAUGUAAAAGAAUUAGCAUUGAUUAUUAAGUAAAUGGGAAAGCUGGAAGUUUGUUCACUGUAUUAAUAUUAGCUAUGUAAUUAACAGUCAUGCCACGUAUGUAUUAUGUACAUUUCUUAAAUUUUUCAUGCUCUAACUCCAAAAAAUUAAAGCCCUCUGCAGAAUCAUAACAGUCUAAAGGAGUGAAAAGUUGAAUUAUAACUUUUAAUUUUAUCCUUUUUAAUACCAAAGAGUUGAAGAUCUCAAAAAAAGGUUCUUUUGUGGUCCUCAGUAUUUCCUCAUGUAUGUACUGUUAACGCUAUUUUAAACUUGCUUUUUGAGAAAUUUGUUUAUAUUGAAAAGUGAAAAGUUAUCUUUUUCCUUGUGUCCUAUUACAAAAUAAAUUGAAAAAAUUGGUUUCAGCACAAAUGAGCAAAGAAGGAAGAAGGAUGAUUCACUGGGGGAUGAUGACCUACCUAUGUAAUUUUUUACGGACUCUUUGGAGACAGAUAGAGCGAUAGAGUUCAGAGACAGCCAUGGGUCACUAAAUGAGAUAUGGCUUAAAGCACACUUUUUAUAUUUUAUUUUCAAAAUUUUAUGUAAAAUGCAACCCUUGCAACAGAAGUUUAGUAAUCAACUCUUUAGCAAAAUAUCAACAUAUAUUCUCAAUGCUGAUCAAAUGGUACACAAAUCUUUGAAAACAGCGUCAUUUGUAUUUUUUCUUUUUUCCAUUAACAAAAUUUGAAUUAUCAACGUGUACUUCCGUAGGACGAGAUUUCUGAAUUUUUCUGUGGUGCCUAGUAUUUUCUGUGUAAAAUUUUGAAGAGAAAACUUACAACAGGGUGUUUUAGUUCGUGAAUUUCUACACCCCAUCAUGUAGGUAGGUCUCUCUCAGCAUAAUCACCUGAACCAGUUGUCGAAAGCAUUACAUUUAAAAAUAAAUACCAAAUUAGACGCUUUUGUUUCUUAAAAAAGUUAUUUGAUCACCCAAUCUGAAACAGCCUAUUUCAGUUAUGUGCGGAAGUUGGACUAUUUAAACUCUUCUCUCAUCAUUUAUGUCCCUAUAGGAAGUAAGUCAUUGUCAAUAAUUUUUCAGGUAUUAGUCAAAAUGUUUUGUUAUGAGUACUUUAUUUCCUUUUUUUACAUUUUAUUUUUAAAUUAUUGAAAAGUUUUAAACUUUUAUUCAGUUUUAUGGAAAACUAUAAACUUAUUGCGACGCACAUGUUUUUGUUAACUGUGAUUUUUUCUUGUUUUUUAAUUUGUUGGCCUCAAGGGAUGAAACAAUUUAUUGGAGCAGAGAAAAAAUGUAUUGGGGCACUUUAGAUUUAUUCACUUAUUUAUCUAUCAAUUUAUUAUUUAUUUAGUUUUAAUACUCUUCUGAGGGAGAAUGUGAUUUUGAUCUAGUAUUCUAGUGACAUUGGCUCAAUGAAGAAUGUAGUUGUGGCAUUGUCUCACAUGCAGGUUUUAUUUUUCAAUUCGUUUUGAAUGUGAUUGUUUUCUUGAAAGUAUCAAGACAGGUGCUUUUAAUUAAAAAAUUAAGUUUGUGGAAAUAAGAUUUGUUAAUAGCCCACUAGACGAGGUCCAAAUUUAAGCAUCAUGAUAUAAGUUCUCCCACAAAAAUUUCAUGAAGAGCAAUAUUUGUACAUCAAAAAUUACUGAAAUCAACUCGUAACUAAGACAUCAAAGUUUUUUUAUGCAUAAGUUCAAACUUCCUGCUCUUUAAAAAAACCUCAGGUAAUCUACUUGAGUUAAAUUGCACACUAAAUGUUACUGUGAUAGUCUUUGCAAUAUAAAAAUAUAACAACCUUAAGUUCAGCGCUUUGGCUCAGCUAUUGCACAUUGUUUACACUUUGGUAGACUCUGGUUUUUUUUAUGAGGAAGGAAUUCAAAUUUUUCAAAAUCAGUGUCAAUAAAUACGCUAAUAUGUACCAUUGUUGGGAGUUAACUUCAGUGAUUUUCAGUGCGCAGAUCAAGUUCUAGGUGACAUUUUGCAUUAAAAAGAAAUAUUUAUCAGAAUGCUGAAACUCAAACCUUGUCUAGCAAUCCAUUCGAUCUUGGCAUUGUUUGAAGAGUCAAUACUAAUGCCAUUGAUUGAAAUUGUUUUCACCAUGUUUCGGCAAGAGCUGUCACGGUAGAUUUUCCUUUCAUUUCUAUAUUAUUUAUUCGUUCAUUUUCCUGUGUGUAUAUUUUUGAAAAAUUUAGUCCUCUUAUGAUUCUACAAUGAAUAUACAGUUGAACUUUUAGUCCCAGCUUUUACUUGUUUCAUCUAUCUGCGGAAGAAUACUUGUUGCUUUAUUGCAGUUGUGUCUAAUGAAUGUGAUUCUCUUCCUAUUAAUUUUUGUUAUUUCACCAGAAUUCAUUCUUUGAAUACCCUUUUAACGUUUAGUUCCUUACAAUGAUUUAAACUGUGAGAAGAGUGUUUAAGGAAAAGCUCACUCCGAUUCCUUCUUUAAAUGUUGGACUAUUGACAUCUGAUGUGAACAAAAAUAAGUCUCCCUCUUUCUCCGAAGAUUUUGUCCACAGAAUUGAUUCCUGACAUGAAACUAGAGAUUUCCGUUCAAACUAAAUUAAUUAUACUUUUGAUUUUAGUUAAUAACUAAUAAGUAUCUCCUUCUCUUUAAAGACAGCAAUGAAAAAGAAAAUAGGCUGAAAUCUUGUAAAUUUAGCUUCAACAUGUUCAACCAAUACCUAAAUUUGGCAAUAUCUUCUAAAUAUUUUCAUUGGCUAUUUAAGGAUAAUUUCCAUAUGUUUAUAUGUUUUGCCCACCAUAUAUUUUAGCAGCCUAAAAAAAACUACUGGACCUCUUUUAGUCUAAUGACCUAACUACUGGUCAACAUUUACUGUGAAACACCAAAUACUAAGUACCUAUUGAAGUACCUUGAAUACAAUAACUUUUAUUACAUUUUAGGAAAGGUACUUGUAAAAUUGGUACUUGAUUUUUUUCUAUUCAGUUUUUAUGCUUGAAUACUUAUUGUAGUAGUGGGUACCUAAUUUAUGGUAGCUUUUUUACAUGCGAUUUUUUAUUUAAAUAUCAAAUGCCCAAAGUAUAUAAUAAUAGGUACCUGUUAAACCUAGAAAGGUAAAAUCCUUGCUUUCUGGUCGCAUCAAAUUCAUCGGACUUACUGUGUAUUUUUAGUUUGAUUCAGUUUACACUAGACGCACAAAAUGUGUAGGAAGUAUGUAAAACAAAAAAUAAAUUUUUGACAAACUUAACUCUUUCCCUUAAAAAAUUGAACCUAAAGCGCAUUAUGGGCUGCCCUGAAGUCCAUACGCAGAGUUAUAGCGCUUCGAGUUUGUGCCGUGAAGUGAAUAUUGGCUCCAGGGCAGCCCAAAAUGCGUCUUCUGUUAAAUUCUUCAAGUGAAAGAAGUUAAUUUGUCAAAAAUUUAUUUUACAUUUUAUGCUUUGAUCAUUCCCUGUUUUUUUUAAAAAAAAGUUUGGAACACACUCUUCCUGAUCAUAAGUGUAAUCGCCAAUAAAGAUGCUCUCCUCAAUUUUAUCUGAACAAGCGUUCAUAUAUUGUUGCUGUGUUUGCUCUCUUCUGAAGUUUUUACGUAGAGUGUCCAUGUUCAAUUGCCCAGUAGUAUGUUAUAUUUUUAUCAAAUCCAAUGAUUUAAUCUUCAAUCGAAAAUGCCAUCCCUUAUUCUUCAAUUUUUCUAUUUCAAGUAACAACUUGCCUUCAUGUCUCCUUGAGCCACACUCAUGAAUAAUAGUGGAGUCUCUCCUCCCAACAGAAGAAGGUGGAGCACGACUUUGAAUUACUCCUAGUUUCUGUCUGUGUAUUCUCUCUUGAGUUAAGGAUUGAAGGAUGUAGAGGUGAAUGGAUGUAUGGGCGAAUGUCCAGUGCCAUAUUUGAACAACUAAUCACUCAUUUUUAGGAAGGCCCAUGAAAAAAUAAUGAAUUUUUGUCCCUCAAAAAUAUUUUUAUAAUGUAGGUAGGAAAGUUUUUCUUUUCUUUUAAUGACUUUUUUAAUAACUAUACGGCAGUAUCCGAACUUAUUACAUGAAAUGAAGGCAAAAAAAGUCGCACAAUUUUAUGAAAGGAUGGCAAGGGACAUCUGCCCUUUCUCCCUGUUUCCUUCAAUCAGUUUUACAUUUUUGUGUAUUUAUCCAUGCUUAUUUUUGGAUUUUAUUUAUCAAAAAAAAUGAUAAAAAAAUUAAUUGAAGUAAUUAUGCUUGUUAUUCUUGAAAAAAUUUUAAAAAGAAAGAAAAAACACUUGCACGUGUAUACAGUCUGCAGACAUUUGAAUGGAUACAGCAGGUUUUGCUUUAAAAAUCCUUAUUUUUCCAUCAAUAUUUUUAGAGGAGGCAGAUGAUAAAUAAAAUAUAUCGGAGCAUUUAAUAUUAUGUAAGAGAACUAAUUUUUAAAGAAGGAAUAUUAUUAUAGUUUAAGUAAAAGUUGCGAAAUUUUAAAAUUUAUUGAUCCCUGUGAACAUUUGAAGCACCAGUACAGCAACCAUUCAUCUCACAAGUUCCUCUCUAUACAUAUUCCCCUAUUUUCCAACUUGAACUGCCAAGUCCCUCUCAAGUGAUUAGAGCAAGCUUAUGCUGGUGCUCUAAAACCUUACCUCCUACCUCCUAACAUUUCAUAGUGAAAUGUAAAAAAAUGUUGAUCUUAGUCGUUUACUAAUUUUUUCACUUUAAAUCGUUCAUUGGUGGUAGUAAUGAACUACAUUUUCGAAGUUCAUUAAGUAUAUCAAAGACAUUUUGCCAAAUUUUUUGUCAACCAUAAUUAAGCUUUCUGGUUUUAAAGGGUAUGUAAGAAAUUAAAGUUUUUAUCAAUCUGUGUUUGUUACUGUGUAAUAAAAAUGUUGAUAUCAACUGGCCAGGGAAGUGUCUAUAGUUGUUCCCUCCAACUAAAACGCUAAUUGUACUAAAAAUAACGUUUCCUCUGUUAUUAUUUUAGAACAUCAUCGUUCAUCAUUUGUUUAUCUGGGAUGUGAAAAUUACUCACUAUCUUGAGACAAUAAAUACAGCAUCAUCAGUAUUAA